CCGCGUCGGCUCAGUUCGCCCGCGGCCGCCGUCCGUGCCGCGUGUCCGUGAGCACCACGGCCGAGCAGGACGCGAUUCCGCUGGUGGUCCGCAGCGGCCACCAGCCGUCGUCAUGUCGUAACAUGAUGAGCUACAGCCAAGCGCACGGAUACAACAAGUUGUUCACUCAGGGCUCCGCGGAGUCGAAUUGUUCGCAGCCGUCGUCGGAGCUGUCGCUGGACGAUGACAAGGAGGCGCUGCGCAGAGAAAAGGAAGCGCAGGCUCUCUCACAGCUGGAUAAGGCGAGGUCAAAGCCGGUCGCGUUCGCCGUCCGCACGAACGUCGCUUACGACGCGAAGAUCGACGACGACUCGCCCGUGCACGGCACCGCCAUCUCCUUCGACGUUCGAGACUUCCUGCACAUUAAGGAGAAAUACGACAACAACUGGUGGAUCGGUCGGCUCGUGGCGGAGAACUCUGACAUAGGGUUCAUCCCGUCCCCCGUGAAGCUGGAGAUGGUGCGCGCGGGGCUGGCCGCCAGGGGCCGCUCCGCGCUCGCCGCCCACCCCCACUCCCGAGGUAGCACUCCCCCCACGCCCGAUGUACCCUCCUUCGAUCGAGGUGACGAGUCCGACUCGGCGGGCAGGGGGCGCGGGGCGGGCGCGCUGCCCGCUGGCAAGGAAAAGAAGAAGCCAUUCUUCAAGAAGCAGGAGGCCUGCACUCCGUACGACGUGGUGCCCUCGAUGAGGCCGGUCGUCCUCGUGGGACCCUCGCUCAAAGGAUACGAAGUCACGGACAUGAUGCAGAAGGCGCUUUUUGAUUUCUUAAAAAGGCGCUUCGAAGGACGGAUAAUAAUAACGAGGGUGAUGGCGGACAUAUCGCUGGCGAAGCGUUCGCUGCUCAACAACCCCUCCAAAAGGGCCAUCAUGGAGCGCUCCAACUCGCGCUCCACCUGCCUGGCCGAGGUGCAGGCUGAAAUCGAGAGGAUAUUCGACCUGGCGCGGACCCUGCAGCUGGUGGUGCUGGACUGCGACACCAUCAACCACCCGUCGCAGCUGGCCAAGACCUCACUAGCGCCCACCAUUGUCUACUUAAAGAUCACCAGCCCCAAGGUGUUGCAGCGAUUGAUCAAGUCCCGGGGCAAGGGCCAGACCAAGAACCUGUCCGUGCAAAUGGUGGCGGCCGAGAAGCUGUCGCAGUGUCCCAAGGAGAUGUUCGACCUCGUGCUGGACGAGAACCAGCUGGAGGACGCCUGCGACCGCAUCGCAGAGCAUCUGGAGAAGUACUGGCGCGCCACGCACCCCCCCGCCGCCGCCCCGCUGGCGCCGCCCGCCGCCCCCCGCGCGCACCUCGCCCCCCUGCCCCACCUCGCGCACCUCGCGCACGCCCAGCCCGAUCCCCCGGCUCACUCUGGAGGUCACCGGGAGAGAUCCGACUCGUACAAUUAUGAGAGGGAAAGAGAUCCCCCUGCUCACUCUGGAGGUCACCGGGAGAGGUCUGACUCAUAUAAUUAUGAGAGGGAAAGAGGCGGGCGAGCCCGCGGGCCGCGCCCCGAGCGGCUGGAGGAGGAGUACUACGGGCGGGAGCGGUACGCGCGCGAGUACGAGUACGGACACGACUACACGCGCCGCGACCCCGACGCCGACGAGUACGGGCCCUCGCGCCGAGCGCUCAACGCUGUCUAGUGACCUCAACAUGUGACACGCUUUGAGGCCGCCAGCGCAACAGGGGCCUAAGCUUAAGACUAAAGAUUCGAUAAAAUAUAAAUACAUCAAUAACUAUAAAUUUGGUAACGCCACCUGCUAUUUAAGUAAAGAACUAGUUAGGCUUACUCCACUGUGUGAAUUAAAAUCUUUAUGCUGAACUUUGGUACGUACGAAUACAAGUAUAAGGUAAGGCCACUUUUGCGCUGACCGUUUCUAUUGCUCCAACUCUAUAAAAGACAUUUUAUAUUUUCGAUUUUAAUAUAAAACGCUGAUUGGAGGGAUGUUAGUAUGUGGCGGUCGGCGGUCGCCCGCUUGUCGCUUGUCGCUGCCGCCGGACGCUCGCCUCGUGCUACUUGUAACCAGAUAAUUCUAGUUACUACCGUUAGAUAUUAUCUGUAAUUUCCCAUUUUUUUGAAAACAUACUCUGUAAUUAUACUGCAUCGUCUGUACUUCAUUGUUGCAUCAUUUGUAAAUAAAAUAUCUUUAUAUCGAACUUUGAAUUAUUUACCCACCCCUUA